AACACGUUGUGUUGUCUUAACAACCUAACGCGUUGUCGUUUUAGUGGUUCUCCCUCACUUUCAUUCCUAGCUACACCCACUUUGCCUCUUGGUCCUGCAAGUGCCUCUUUGACCCUACAUAUUUUGCAUCUAUCUUAAAAGAUUCUUGUUUUGGCUACUAUUGCAGGUUUAAAAAGUACCACUUUGCUGGGGAAAAAAAGGAAAGCAAGAAGAACGUACUGCAAGAAUGAUUGUUUGAGUCAUUGAUCAGAGUCUCAGAGAGGAAACUCUAGCUUCUUAAAGACUUUCCAUAGAGAAUGGUUUCAACUGAUAAUGGCAACCACAAAGAAGAUAUCGAGGAACCUAAUGCUGUUGAAGUGAAGAGUGAAAUUCCUCUUGAUACAUCAGCGUCUCGAAGGACACUAAUUUCCAAUGAAAACCCUCAAAGAAGGAUUCCUGAUACCUUUAGAUCUCCAAUUACUAGAAUAAAUUUCCUCAAGUUCGGCUCUGCAUCUGCCAACUUCAGGCGGAUAGCCAAUGAGAGAGAUGAGGUUUCACGGUCUGUGGCUUCUUCAAGUCAUGCUUUCCGGGAGCGCCUCCAUGGGGUUUUUUCUCGGAAAAUUAAUUGGGGUUCACUCAUGAAAAUGGCCAAAGAAUGGAUUAGAGACCCAAUGAACAUGGCUUUGUUUGCCUGGAUCGCCUGCGUUGCUAUUUCAGGUGCAAUUCUAUUCCUUGUUAUGACUGGAAUGUUAAACCGUGCAAUACCAAAGAAGUCUCAGAGGGAUGCUUGGUUUGAAGUAAACAAUCAAAUUCUCAAUGCACUGUUUACUCUUAUCUGUUUGUACCAGCACCCGAAACGGUUCUACCACCUUGUACUUCUAUGCAGAUGGAAACCAGAAGACAUUUCUAAACUUAGAAAGAUUUACUGCAAGAAUGGGACCUACAAGCCCCAUGAAUGGGCACACAUGAUGGUGGUUGUUAUUCUGCUCCAUAUAAAUUGUUUUGCACAAUAUGCGCUUUGUGGUCUGAACUUGGGUUACAAGAGAUCUCAACGACCAGCCAUAGGAGUUGGAAUAUGUAUAUCAGUUGCAAUUGCUGCACCUGCAGUUGCUGGCUUGUACACUAUAAUGAGUCCCCUUGGGAAGGAGUAUGAUAUGGAUGAAGAAGCACAGGAUCAGAGUACCACGGGUGAUAGGCCGGAAACAAUGAGAUUGAAAUCGUUAGAGAAAAGAUAUUCUUUUGCAAUAAGAGAUGAACAGCAGUCUGUUGAGAGCAGAGCAGAAUGGAGUGGGGGGAUUCUUGAUUUUUGGGACAAUAUCUCUAUAGCAUAUCUAUCACUAUUCUGUGGCUUUUGUGUAUUUGGAUGGAAUAUGGAGAGACUUGGAUUUGGCAAUAUGUAUGUUCAUAUUGCUACUUUUCUUUUGUUUUGUAUGGCUCCUUUCUGGAUUUUCCUCUUGGCUGCUGUAAAUAUUGACAAUGACACUGCUAGGGAAGCUCUAGUUGUAACUGGGCUUGUUCUUUGUGUGUUUGGUUUACUUUAUGGUGGCUUUUGGAGGAUCCAAAUGAGAAAGAGAUUCAAUUUGCCUGCUUAUAAUUUCUGUUUUGGUGAACCAUCUGCUGCUGAUUGCACCCUAUGGCUAUUCUGUUGUUGGUGUUCUCUAGCUCAAGAAGUGCGGACUGGGAAUUCAUAUGAUAUUGUGGAAAAUAAGUUCCGCAUAAAACAUACUGAACUUUCACCUUUACCUCGUGAAGAUGGAGCAGUUGAAUCCAGAUCCGGCUCUAGUUCUCCACUGGGGAAUUACUCUAGCCCAUCCAACAUUCUUUCAACUAGUUCUCCAAGUCCCAGCAGAAUUGCAAAGGGAUAUUAUAGCCCAGAGAGGCAACUUUCUACUGUGGAAGAAGAGUUGCCUGCAGGAGGAAGAGAUGAAACUAUGACCCCACCAUCUCCAUCAUUGAUACAAAGAGAACCCAGUUAGCUCAAAAAGAUAAAGAAAAAUGGAUAAGAAAAUUAUGGUAGUUUGAUUUGUAUAUGAAAUUGUUUGCAAUAUUUCUUGUAUUACAUGGAUUUUGAGUGAAUUCAAUGCAUCAAUUUUCAUUUUCA